UCCGUACACUAAAGGAUACUCUGUGCCCUUAGCUCUACUUCUCUCACUUUCCACUAUUAUCGACUCCUUUCCUUGUUUCUUCAAUUCCAAGAUCUCAACUUUUCCUUCAAAAGCUGCAUUUUGUAUUAACUAAUGAUGAUGAGUAGGGUUCCGAAACCAAAGCCAAGAAGGUCUACCAUGUCCGUAUGUCACUUCUGCAACUCAAAGCCGGCUGUUCUGUAUUGCAGCGCUGACUCUGCAAGGCUCUGUUUGUUCUGUGACCAACAGGUCCACUCCGCCAAUGCCCUCUCUCUUAAGCAUGUUCGUUCACAGAUCUGUGACGGCUGCAAAGCCAAACCAGCUUCGUUUCUUUGCUCCAUCGAUAACCUUAUGCUCUGCCAUGACUGUGAUUGGAGCUCACAUAACAAGAACAACAACAACAUCAACAGCAGCAGCAGCAGCAACUCUUGUGUUUCGGCCAUGCACGAGCGUGCUCCUGUUGAAGGUUUCUCAGGUCGUCCUUCAGUGGUUGAACUUGCUUCUCUAUUUGGUUUUGACUUAAAGCCAAAAGAUUUGAUGAACUUGAUCCCUGGGUUUUCUUUAUACGAGCGAGAACUAAUGAAUCUGGAAGAUUUUAUGGUCCCUGAAGAAGAGAAUUCUUGUGUUUCCUCUGCUUUGAUUAGCUCUGUUAAGCUGGACCAUGAGGUGUAUAGGCAACUGGUUGAUAUGGGGAAGAGAGAUUUGGUGAGAGGAAGUGGUGAUGGGGCUGAAUUGGGACCAGGGACACCGCCUAUUACAAGUGCUGAGCAAGAGAAUUUUGCCACUUUUGAAGUGGAAAAUGGGGAUGAUGAAGAACAACUGCAGCAGCAAACCCCAUUCACCUCUUUGCUAACGUUGCAAAGCGAUGAUGUCUUGAGACAAAAUGAUUAUGUUGCUGAAGGAGAGCUUGUGUGGGACUGUAAGUCUUCUUAUUUACCUUCCCAGAUAUGGGAUUUUCAAUCAGAAAGGUCAAAAGAUUGUGAAGAAUCUGGUGCAGAAGAUGCAGGUUUUGUUAAGGGAUGUUCCUUUUUUAGAAAUAAUACCUGCAAUGAACCAUUCUCGAGCUGCAAACCCACUACCGAAGAGAGCAACAAUGUAGGUGUAGUGGGAUCAUUAUCAGAUUCCAAGGUGGUUGAGAGUCUUGAGACCCCAACAUGUGAUAGCACCAGAUAUGUCCAAGUGAUGGAGCAUCCUAUUGUAGGUGGUAGUGAGGUAAUGAAUUAUGAGGCAAAAACAAACGUUGACAUGGAACCUUUGGCACAAAAUAGAGACAAUGCCAUGUUACGCUACAAGGAGAAGAAGAAACAUAGAAGAUAUGAUAAGCAAAUACGCUAUGAGUCGAGGAAGACCAGGGCUGAUACCAGAAAGAGAUUCAAAGGUCGGUUUGUGAAGGCAAGUGAAGCACCAGAUGUUAGAGUGUAACGCCUCCUUUUUUCUGUCUGUAUAUAUGUAUUCCCAUCGUAAAACAUCAGCUUCCAUAAUUUAUGGAAUUUCUAUUGCUUUUAAGUUAAAAAUUGUAUGGAA